AUGUCCGGUCGCGGCAAGGGUGGAAAGGCGAAAUCAGGGGGAAAGGCCAAGUCCCGCUCUGCCCGUGCAGGACUCCAGUUCCCAGUUGGUCGUCUCCACCGGAUGCUGCGCAAAGGCAACUAUGCUGCUCGGAUCGGUGGUGGUGCACCCGUGUAUUUAGCUGCUGUGCUGGAGUACUUGGCCGCUGAAGUGUUGGAGUUAGCCGGAAAUGCCGCGAGGGACAACAAGAAGACCCGGAUCAAUCCACGCCAUCUACAACUAGCCGUACGAAACGAUGAGGAGUUGAACAAGUUGCUAUCUGGCGUUACAAUCGCACAAGGUGGUGUUUUGCCGAACAUUCAAGCAGUACUUCUUCCAAAGAAAUCCGCCGGUGAGAAAGAAUGA